CCCUGUGCGCACAGUAUGUGGGCUCCUUCCUUGUGGAGGACUUGGAGCUUCAGCAGAAGGUGCAGACCAUCCAGCAGCAGCUUCAGGGCCUGAAGGAGUGCCCCAGACGAAGGUCCGUCAUUCUCAAGUUCUGCCUGCAGGGCCUGAAGAUGUACAGUGCAGAGGGAGAGGUUCUGCUCAUGGCCCAUGCUCUGAAGCGCAUCCUCUACAGCACGUGGGCACCUGCUGGCUGUCAGUUCGCCUUUGUGGCUCGCAAUCCCUUCAGCUCUCCCGGGAAGCUCUUCUGCCAUUUCUUUGUGGGCAGCGAGGCCAGUGAGGUCCAGAUGCUGCAUUUGCUGCUCUGCCGCUCCUUCCAGCUCCAUUACCUCCUGCUGCACCCCGAGGAGCAGGACUGGGCCCCCAGUGGCCCUGCCCCGAGGGAGCCGGGGAGGCUGCCGGAAGCCUCCUUCCCAGAGAGCCAGGUGGUGUGGGAGUCUCUCAGGCCAGAGGAGGUGUCGCAGAACGUCAACGCUCUGGUGUCCUUCCGGAGGCUGCCCUGCCCAGCUGACUUUGGCUCCUUCGUCAGUGUGAGAGAGAGGCUGGAUUUGGAGGAAAGGAGCAGCCUGGGCAGUUCUCGCCCUGGCAACCCGUUCUGUUCCCCAAUCCUGGUGCGCAAGAAGGCCAUCCGCAGCAAAGUCCUCCGCUCUGGCGCCUAUCGGGGCUGCACGUUUGAAGCUCAGCUGCAGCAGAGCGCUUGGGAGAUGUUUCACACCAGCUGUGACGGCAAGGCGAGCAGAGGCAGCCUGGCUCACUUGCCGGAUAGUGAGAGCAGCUUGAUGGAAAACGUUUGGUCUUUUGCUGGGAUCGACAGGGAGGCUGGGCUGGCAUUGCUCAGGAAGGACGUCCUGGGUGCCUUCCUGCUCUGGGCAGAGCUGGGCUCCUCCAGCCAGUGGUCUCUUAUGGUGAGGACGAGGUGUGGAGUCAUCCCUUACCAGAUCUACAGGAACCAGCUGGGGAAGUACUCUGUUGAGCACUUGAAUGUGGAGUUCCCUACUAUGGAAGCACUGCUGGAUCAUUACUCUGGGAUGAAAGGGGGCCUCUUCUGCUCCUUGGCUGCCGGCCGGGUAAACCAUUGUUAUGAGGAACAAGAUUCCUUCACAGAGAAUGGGUGGAGAGGAGAGCAGAGUCGCCUGCAGACCUCGUGGUUAUGUGGUGCCAGUAAGUCUCUGGCAGUCCAGCCAGAGCUGGGCUAAUGCUUGGCAAAGAGACUCCUGGCUAACCAUUUGCAUCAUCCACAUAGAAUUGUACAAACUGUUUUGUGGUAUGCAAGCUGCGUCACUUUACUCUUUCUGGCUAGCCUUGUGGUUCUGAUCCUCCAUGGAGUGGGUCUUGUUUCAGCUUAGUAGAAUAUGAAUGUCCAUAGCAAACUUGUCUUAACCUUUCUAACCAAAGGCUUCUAGCACACCACUACCAUCUCUGGGCAGUCAGCAGUGGCCAACACCCUCUUCAUUGUUCUAGUAAUUCAGGGAAAGAUGUCAUGUUAACCUCAGUUGUAGAAAGUCCAUCAUUUCAUCA